CAAACCUACUCUGGUAUUUGAUCAAGGCAGGACCUGAUCGACCUGCCCGGACCUCCAGCCUCGCCCGCUGCCGCAGCUUCUUCUGUCAUCGAACAGGUGAAAUUCUUAUGGGAUCAGUUUUUUCUUGAUUGGAUCGGAAGUCAUCGAACAGUCCCAGGACCACAAGGCGACUAUUCACCAUAUGUAGAUGAAGUUCAAGUUUUGAAGAGGAAGUCUGAAGAGAUUAAACCAUAUUUAAACGGGAGAUGUAUACAUCUUGUUGGAAUGAUGGGUUCUGGUAAAACAACGGUUGGCAGGAUCUUGGUUGAGACACUUGGCUAUUCGUUUCUUGACAGUGAUACACUCAUAGAGCAGGCUUUUGGCACUUCAAGUAUUUCUGAAAUAUUUAAGAAGCAUGGUGAAGGCUUCUUUAGAGACAAUGAGACAGAGGUCUUGCGCAAGCUUUCGUUGAUGCGCCACAUUGUUGUUUCCACGGGAGGUGGUGCCGUUGUCCGUCCUAUCAACUGGAAGUAUAUGCACAAGGGAAUUAGUGUCUGGUUAGAUGUACCUGUGAAUGUUUUGGCAAUGAGAAUCUCAGCAGUAGGAACUCAUUCCCGCCCCCUUUUACCUAAUGAAUCCGAAGACAAUGAUCCCAAGACUCUGAAAUGUUUGUUGACACUUCUUGAUGAGAGGAGGGAAGCAUAUUCAAAUGCCAAAGCUAGGGUUUGCAUAAAAAAUAUUGCUCUAAGUAGGGGCUGCAUUGAUGUUAGCAAUAUCACUCCUACACAAGUAGCCAUUCAGGCACUUGAACAAAUCAAAAACCUCUUGAAGAAACAAAGUGUUGAAGUACAUCGAUCUUCCGAAUUGUGUAUGUGUUAUAGUAGAAGAUGCUCUUUGACUCUAUGAAGUUACUUCAGGAGUCCAAUUAGUUCAUAGCUUCUGUGUGUAUUUUCUAAUUUCUACUACUUUUUAUGUAUAGUAAUC